AUGGUUGAUGCUGGGUUGGGGUCUUCAAAGAAUGAAGACAGCAAAGACUUGCAAAAUGUGGUACAGCAAUUUGAAGUCCAGUCUGUAGACAACAGUGAUUACGACUUGGAGAAGCGCAGCACACAUAAGACAGAUCCAGAUUCCCGUACAAACAGAAGAAACAAGAAGCUAUUCGACUUGGACAGACAUGACCCCAAUUUGAACAUAUUCAUGAAAGGUUUGGCCUACUUGUUAUGGCUCUCCGAUAAGCUGGACUCUUUCGGUGUUGAAACAUCGGGUAUUGAAAGAGUUCCGCCAUAUGAGCGUGGUACAAAGAAGCAAUUCUUACAUGUGGCAGGGUUGUGGUUGAGUGCCACCGGUGGUUUGUCAUCAAUGUCUUCUUUCCUACUGGGGCCUUUACUAUUUGAAUUGAGUUUCCAGCAAGCUCUAACAUCCUCUAUGAUCUCUGUGACUGUUGGCUGUCUGGUAGCCGCUUACUGUUCGAUUAUGGGUCCACAAUCUGGUUGUAGACAAAUGGUCACCGCAAGAUACUUGUUCGGCUGGUGGUUUGUGAAAUUUGUGGCAUUGGCUGCUAUCAUUGGUGUUAUGGGUUGGUCUGUUACCAACUCAGUUGUUGGUGGUGAGAUGUUGGCAGCUAUUUCCAAUGACAGAGUGCCAUUAUGGGUCGGUAUCGUUAUCGUCACAGUUUGCUCUUUCGUUGUUGCCAUUUUUGGUAUCAAGCAAGUGCUGAGAAUCGAGACUUACAUCAGUGUCCCCGUUUUGACAUCUUUCUUGUUACUAUACAUCUCUUCCGGGAACAGAGAUUACCUGGUCCGUGAAUACAAGCCAAUCGACGUUCCUAGCAAGACAAUAAAGGGUAACUGGAUCAGUUUCUUUUCCCUGUGUUACAGUAUCACAUCUACUUGGGGUUCUAUCACUGCUGAUUAUUAUAUCUUGUUCCCAGAAGACACACCACAUUACCAAGUGUUCUUACUGACUUUGGCUGGUACAUUAAUUCCAACUACGUUUGUUGGUAUCCUUGGUUUGACGCUUGCCUCCAUCGCUAAAAGUUACCAGCCAUACGGUGAGGAGUAUGACACGCAUGGUAUGGGUGGUCUAUUGUGGGCUGGUUUCUCACGCUGGAACGGAUUUGGUAAGUUCUUGGUUGUGGUUUUGAUUUUGAGUUUGAUCUCUAACAAUAUUAUUAACACAUACUCUGCGGCAUUUGGUAUUCAACUAUCUGCAGUUUGGGCUGCUAGAGUCCCACGUUGGUUUUGGUGUAUUGUUUGUACCAUCGUCUAUCUGGUUUGCGCUUUAGUUGGUCGUAAUCACUUUGCUACAAUUUUGGGUAACUUCUUGCCUAUGAUCGGUUAUUGGAUUAGUAUGUACUUCAUCUUAUUAUUUGAAGAGAAUGUCAUCUUUAGAAGAUAUUUCUUGCACCUAUACACUAAGGAAUUUCCGGAGUUUUUGCAGCAGUCACCGGAUCAGUUAUCAGACCAAUCCUCAGAAGAGAUCAAUGUAUUGCAUAAGGAGGAUACAGGCUCAGAUACUGAACUGAAAUUUAAGGGUACGACUUCUAAGACCGCACAAGUGUUAAGAGAGAAGAUGAAGAUGCGUGAAAAGGCUACUAAUAUACAUACUCUAAAGCGUAAGCAUAUCCACACUAAGCACAGAUACAAUUGGGAUGAAUGGGACAAUCCAGAUGUUUUAACUCACGGUUACGCUGCCACAUUUGCUUUCCUAUGUGGUGUGGCCGGUGUUGUUGUUGGUAUGGCUCAAACCUAUUGGGUUGGUCCAAUUGCCAGAAAGCUAGGUGGACCAUAUGGUGGUGAUAUUGCCAUGUGGCUAAGUAUGGGAUUCAGCGGUAUUGUGUACCCAUGGCUCAGAUACUGGGAAUUGGUUAGAUAUGGUAGAUGA